AUGGGAGUUCAUAUCGGCGGUCCCAAUUUAUACAAUGGUUUUACAAUGCCAUGGGCUAGAGGACAACCGUAUCCGUGUCAAAAGAACGAUUCCUCAUCACAAUGGAUAGCUAAAAAGUGGUGGAGCUGUGAAUAUCCUGAUCAUAAAGCUCAGGGAAAUUAUUACUAUUUACCAUUAAUUAACGGGAAAUUGGAAUAUUUAAGACAAAAAUUUAAAGAUUCGAUACAUACUGUCUUAUUUGUGAUUGGAGGUUUUAUUGGUGCAUUUACCGGUCAAUAUUGGUAUAAAUAUCUAUCACGACGAAAUGCCAUAUUCAUCAAUUAUCCAUUUCAAUUCGUAGCAUCCGUAUUAAUGAUACUAACAUUGUAUAUUUAUCACGGUUACGAACCACUCGAUCCUGACAAUGAUGAGGCAAACAAGGGGAAAAAAAACAUGCAUGCUGCCAUUGCUCUAUUCUUUAUAUCAAGAUUUUUAUCCGGUUUUAGUGCAGGACAAUGUUGUGUAACGACAACGUCUUACUUAUAUGAUAUUUCGCCUCGUGUUUUACGUGGAACAGUAGGAGCAUUUCAUCAACUAUGGAUUGUUAUCGGCAUUCUUCUCAGUCAAAUUAUUGGUCUACCAUGGAUAUUAGGACGUCACAAUACGUGGAAUUGGGGAUUAGCUUGGGUCGGAUUAUUUUCUCUUCUUGGAUGUAUCACAAUUUGGACUAUACCGGAGAGUCCACGAUGGUUUGUUCAAGAGAGAAGACAAAAUGAAGCUGCACAAUGUAAGACUGGUUUGCUGAUUUUUUUCUCCAAAAUCUUCAUCAUAACUCAGUGAAACUAAUUUUUAUCAUAGUAAAUUUUAGAAAAUUCUCUAUCUGAUAAAAUGCAUUAAUCUAAACUUUUCGUUUAUUAAACAGACAAUUGGGACAGUGACCCAUUGCAUGUUGUGUGUAAUUGUACAAUCUUAAAAGCAUUAAAAAAGUAGAUAGAAAAGAGUGCUGAAAAAGGAACAAUACAAAAGAAAAGAACUAAAUGAACAAAUAA